CGCAAAAUGACACCCAAUCGACAAAAAUACUGUCUUGUUGUGAUUCGCCAGCUCAAGAAGAAUAAGGAUGCCGGACCCUUCAAUGGCCCUGUCGACCCGGUCAAGCUCAAGAUCCCAGAUUACCCAAACAUCAUCAAGAACCCACAAGACCUCGGCACCAUUGAAAAGCGACUUCAGAAGAAUGAAUAUGAAACCAUUGAUGCAUUCAUGGAGGCGGUCUUUUUGGUGUUUAGCAAUUGUGAGCGGUACAAUGGACUCGAGUCACCCAUCAACAAAAUGGCCUUGCGUGUCAAGGAACAGUUUGAGCGACAAAUCAGAAGUAUGCCACCACCAGAUUUCUCAGCACCUGCCAACAACAAGAAAUCCAAAAAGGCAACACCACACGUAGCGACGAAUGAUGGUCGACCGAAACGUGAGAUUCAUGCACCACCACCAAAAUCACUACCCUACCAAAACGUCCCCGUUCGUCGUGGCAAGCAUGCGCAACAACUCAAAUUCUGUGGUCAAGUAUUGCGGGAAUUGCAGCGAAAACAGCAUGAGCCGUAUGCCUUCCCCUUCUACGUCCCGGUGGAUCCAGUUGCCUUGAAUAUCCCGGAGUACACAAAAGUUAUCAAACAUCCCAUGGAUUUAGGAACAAUUGACUCAAAGUUGAAGCAAGGCGAGUAUGAGUCUGCUGAGGAUUUUGAGUUUGAUGUGCGUCUCAUCUUUCGCAAUUGCUACAAAUUCAAUCCACCGGGUACACCGGUGCAAGCGAUGGGUAAGAAGUUGGAAGCUGUGUUUAAUCAGAAAUGGGCAGAGAAGCCCGUUCCUCGAGCGCAACAGGGUGAGUCUGAUUCGGAUGAUUCAGAUGAUGGCAAGAUGCAGACGGUGCAAAUGUUGACGAAGCAAUUGGAAGCAAUGAAGAAUCAAAUUGCUGGUCUCAAGCAAGGCAAAACGAAGAAGAAGGAACGUUCACAACCUAUUCGCAAAUCGUAUGCAGCGCAACAGGCGAGUAAAAAGCGUGGACGUCAAUCUGCCUAUGAUGAUGUGGAUGAAUCACCCAUGAUUCCAACUUUUGAGCAAAAAACGGCCUUAUCUACAAAAAUGGGUUACAUGACAGAACAUCAGAUGCCUGUGGUGAUUCAAAUUUUGAAGCGCACAGAGAGUAAUUUCGACCCUGAAGAUGAGGAGGUGGAGUUGGAUGUGGACAAGGUACACCCACAAACCAUUCGGCUUUUGUGGAAUUGGAUC